AUGUUGCGCAACGCCGUCAAAGGCGCCGCUAAGAAAGCUGUCACCGAGCUUUCCCAAUACCCAAAGCCCGGCGAGAAGCUUCAUGGCUUCACCCUCUUGAGGACGAAGCAUGUUCCCGAGCUCGAGCUGACCGCUCUGCACCUGCAACACGACAAGACCGGCGCCGACUACCUCCACAUCGCUAGAGACGACAGCAACAAUGUCUUCUCCAUCGGCUUCAAGACGAACCCACCCGAUGACACCGGUGUCCCCCAUAUCCUCGAACACACGACGCUCUGUGGCAGCAAGAAGUAUCCCAUCCGGGAUCCCUUCUUCAAGAUGCUUCCGCGAACCCUAUCCAACUUUAUGAACGCCUUCACUGCAUCGGACCAUACUUUCUACCCCUUCGCGACGACCAAUGCCCAAGAUUUCCAGAACCUGAUGUCCGUCUACCUCGAUGCCACUCUUCACCCAUUGUUGAAGAAUACCGACUUUACUCAGGAGGGUUGGCGCAUCGGGCCCGAGAAUCCCAAAGCAGCAACAUCAGAGGGAGAAGCCAAGCCUGAGGAUAGUAAGCUUGUGUUCAAGGGUGUCGUCUACAACGAAAUGAAGGGUCAGAUGUCGGAUGCUGGCUAUCUCUUCUACAUUCGUUUCCAGGAUAACAUUUUCCCAUCCAUCAACAACUCUGGCGGUGACCCCCAGAAGAUCACCGACUUGACCUACGAGCAACUCAAGAAUUUCCACGCCGAGCACUACCAUCCGAGCAACGCGAAGCUGAUGACCUAUGGAGACAUGCCAUUGGCUGACCACCUCCGUGAGGUCGAUGCGCAGAUGAGCGCCUUCGAAAAGAUCACGGCAGACCUCGACCAUAAGAAACCAAUCGACUUGAGUAACAGUCCUCGAACAGUCACCGUGUUUGGGCCCGUCGAUCCUCUCGCUGAUGCGGACAAGCAAUACAAAACCUCCGUCUCGUGGAUCACGGGAGACACAAGCGAUGUUCUGGAAUCGUUCUCCGUGGCCUUGUUAUCUUCGUUGCUAAUGGAUGGAUAUGGGUCACCAUUAUACAAGGGGUUGGUGGAGAGCGGACUGGGCACGGAUUUCAGCCCUAAUGCUGGGUAUGAUGGAUCAGCAGCCGCCGGAAUAUUUUCUAUCGGGUUAAGCGGAGUUAGCGAAACCAACGUGGAGAAGAUCAAGAGCGAAACACAGAAGAUACUUCGCGACGUCCGGAGCAAGGGCUUCGAUAGGGGCAAGAUUGACGGAUAUCUUCACCAACUGGAGUUGAGUCUCAAACACAAGACUGCCAACUUCGGAAUGUCUGUGUUGCAUCGCCUGAAGGGCAAGUGGUUUUCUGGCACGGAUCCCUUCGACUCUCUGGCGUGGAACGACACCGUUGCCGCGUUCGAGUCCAAGCUCGCCGAAGGGGGCUACCUGGAGGGUCUUUUGGACAAGUACCUCUUGAACGACAACACUCUUACCUUUACCAUGGCGCCAUCCGAGACCCUUGGUGCGGAGAUUGCCAAGGAAGAGGACGAGAGGCUCGCCUCCAAGAUCCUAGAUGCCACCCGGGAAGCUGGUGGCGAGGAAGAAGCUCGGAAAUUCUUCGAGCAGCGCGAGCUAGAUCUGCUCGUCGAGCAAGGAAAAUCGAGCACACAAGAUCUGAGCUGUCUGCCCUCAGUUCAUGUCAGGGACAUCCCAAUAACGAAGGAGCCCGUCGUCGUUCGAGACGAGGUUGCCCUUGGCACCAAAAUUCAGUGGCGUGAAGCCCCUACCAACGGUCUUACUUACUUUCGAGCUAUCAACACUUUCGAGAACUUACCUGAUGAACUCCGGGCUCUGAUCCCCCUAUUCACCGACUCCAUUAUGCGCCUGGGCACAAAGGACAUGGCGAUGGAGCAGUUGGAAGAUUCAAUCAAGCUCAAGACCGGAGGCAUCUCUGUCAGCUACAUGACAAGCCCUUCGCCUACCGACUUUCACCAAACUUCUGAGGGUUUGGUGUUGAGAGGAAUGGCGCUCGACCGAAACGUGCCGGAAAUGUACGACCUCCUCCGCAAACUUAUCCUGGAAACCAACUUCGACAGCCCCGAGGCGGCUCUCCGAAUUAGACAGCUACUCGAGGCCUCAGCUGAUGGUGUCGUGAACGACAUUGCAUCGUCUGGACACGCCUAUGCUCGACGAUAUGCCGAAUCCGGAUUGACUCGCGAUGCAUACCUCACCGAGCAAGUCAGUGGCCUGUCGCAAGUAAAGCUGAUAACCUCUCUAGCUGGUCGGCCAGAGUCGGACCGGUAUGAGGAUGUCAUUGAAAAACUCAAACAAAUCCAGAAGAUUGCUCUGGCUGGAAACAAUAUUCGCACGGCUUUGACUUGCGGGUCAGACAGCACCCAGGCCAACUCUGCAGCUUUGUCACGGUUUAUGUCAUCCCGCCCAAGCAGCUCUGUCACAUUCCCAGCUCCUGCUAAACACACUACUGCGCGAGAUAUCAAGGCAUUCUUCCCACUGCCCUACCAGGUGUACUACGGCUCUCUUGCGCUGCCGACCACCUCCUACACAUCAUCGCACGGUGCACCACUGCAGAUUCUUUCCCAGCUUCUUACUCACAAGCAUCUUCACCAUGAGAUUCGCGAGAAGGGUGGUGCCUACGGCGGUGGCGCUUAUAUGAAGGGUCUGGAAGGAAUCUUUGGGUUCUACUCCUACCGCGAUCCAAACCCACAGAAUACCCUCUCCAUUAUGAGAAAUGCCGGCCGCUGGGCAACCGAUAAACAAUGGUCUGACCAAGAUCUUGAAGAGGCCAAGAUUUCCGUGUUUCAGGGCGUCGAUGCACCCGAGUCGGUGAACACGGAGGGUAUGCUUCGAUUCGUGUCCGGUGUCACCGAUGAGAUGCAGCAGAAGCGACGCGAGCAGCUCCUUGACGUAACCAAGGAUCAGGUCCGGGAGGUCGCUCAAAAGUACAUUGUCGAAGCUCUCGCCGAAGAGAAAGAGCAAGUCGCCUUCCUCGGCAAACAGCAAGACUGGGUCGACAACUCCUGGAAGGUCAAGGAGAUAAACGUCAACGGUGCCGAGUAA